ACAUUUUGUGUGGCAUUGCCAUCUCAGGAGCAGCGGCAUCGAAGGCAUCGCAUAAAAGGCGCAUGGGCCACUUAAAGCUGUGGUGCACCCCAACAACGUCCCCCCCACGCCUCUCAUCUACUGCCCUCUUCGAGUGGCUUUAAUUGUGAAUUAAGUCGGUAUUGUGGCCUCCACGUGUAGACAGAAUUGUGAAGAGAGUGCAAUAGAGAAAGAGAGAGAGGAGAGGACUAGGUACUAGGUACUAGGGUUGUGCCAGGAUUGCCAUUGCAAUGGCGAGGCUAUUGUGCAGGAAGUGUGGCUAACUGUCCCCGUCAUUGUCCUUUGUUUCACAUUUUAUUUACAUCGUUAAGCGACAUAAUUGUUGCUAUUUUCGUCUUCUCUCGAUAUCAAAGCUCUCGAUGCACACAUUGUCAAUGCCAGUGACACCGUUCGAGAGUUUUGCUUUGAUCCCGUCAACAAGGUCAUGUCACGGCCAAAAAAAUCACCGCACUUAGAUCCACUCACAUAUGUCCUUUGUCACCUGCAGACUAACCUGAGCAGAGAGAGCAAAGAAAGAGAGAAGAAUACUUCAAGUCACAGCCAUGGUCGCACAAAUAAUCCUGCUCGUCAUCUGCUGCAUUUGCCUGAAACAUUAUGCCAAGGGGGAAUUUCAACAAAGUCUGGCCAUCACCGAUAUUCUGCCAGAGGAUAUAAAGCGUUAUGAUAAAAUGCGACCACCAAAAAAGGAAGGUCAACCCACAAUUGUCUACUUCCAUGUAACCGUGAUGGGCUUGGACUCCAUCGAUGAGAACUCGAUGACCUAUGUGGCCGAUGUGUUCUUUGCCCAAACCUGGAAGGAUCAUCGUCUUCGUCUGCCCGAGAACAUGACUCAGGAGUAUCGCCUGCUGGAAGUUGACUGGCUGAAGAACAUGUGGCGACCCGAUUCCUUUUUCAAGAAUGCCAAGUCAGUGACAUUCCAAACGAUGACCAUACCCAAUCAUUAUAUGUGGCUUUACAAGGACAAAACCAUACUCUAUAUGGUCAAGUUGACUCUAAAGUUAUCCUGCAUCAUGAACUUUGCCAUCUAUCCACAUGAUACGCAGGAAUGCAAGCUGCAAAUGGAGAGCUUGUCUCACACCACAGAUGAUUUGAUCUUUCAAUGGGAUCCCACCACGCCUCUGGUGGUGGACGAGAACAUUGAGCUGCCCCAAGUGGCGCUGAUACGCAACGAGACAGCGGAUUGCACACAGGUCUAUUCCACGGGCAAUUUCACCUGCCUCGAAGUGGUUUUUACGCUGAAACGUCGCCUGGUUUAUUAUGUAUUCAACACCUACAUUCCGACCUGCAUGAUAGUAAUCAUGUCCUGGGUGUCCUUUUGGAUCAAGCCGGAGGCGGCGCCUGCUCGAGUCACACUGGGCGUGACUUCGCUGCUAACGCUUUCGACGCAACAUGCGAAGUCGCAAUCUUCGUUGCCGCCUGUCUCCUAUUUAAAGGCCGUGGAUGCCUUCAUGUCUGUCUGCACGGUGUUUGUGUUCAUGGCCUUGAUGGAGUAUUGCCUGAUCAAUAUUGUGCUGAGCGAUACACCAAUACCCAAACCCAUUGCGUAUCCGCCCAAACCAGUGGCCGGGGAGGCGGGCAAGAAGGAGGCAGAGGCCGGAUCGACACAGCCGCCGGGGGGCAGCAAUGCGGCAAACAAUAAGCAGCCAACGAUGUUGCCGCUGCCCGAGGAGAAGAUGGAGAAAAUCGAAAAGAUUUUCGAUGAGAUGACCAAAAAUAAGCGAAUUGUGACUACUACAAGAAGGGUUGUGCGUCCGCCGCUGGAUGCCGAUGGUCCCUGGAUACCGCGUCAGGAGUCGCGCAUCAUCUUGACCCCGACCAUUGCGCCACCGCCGCCCCCGCCUGCACCGGAACCGGAGAUGCCAAAGCCAAAGCUAACGCCCGCUCAGGAGCGUUUAAAGCGUGCCAUUUACAUCGAUCGUUCAUCGCGUGUGCUCUUUCCCGCACUCUUUGCCAGUCUCAAUUGCAUCUAUUGGAUUGUGUUCUACGAGUAUCUGUAAGAUACAUGUGUCAGUCUGUGGCUGGCUCUCGUGUAAAUAUGAGUCUUUCCAACUCCGAGUCGUACAACUUUAUUAACUGUUAAUUGUUCGCAAUAUAUGUAGACAUCUAUAUAAACAUGCAUAUUUACUCUUAAGACGAUGAAUUUUAAACUGAAAUCACAACUCAAAAAAAACUUAUAUAUAUAAUAUAUCUCUUAUGAAUGAAUGAAUCAUUUAAAUGCGAGUAUAUGAAUUCAAUUCCUAAAUGCUUAAUGUUAAAAUUUCAAUGGCGUUGUAGCUGUAGUUUAAUUCUA